CCAGCUCGCUGCAACCGACCUCGAAACAUUCCAGCCUUCUAACCUGGUGUGUUCUUUGAUAUCACUGACUUGGUUGGCACCACAACCUCACAGUGGGAAAAUCAUGGCGCCAAUAACGCCAGAUCUGCAAAACACCCAAGAGGACAUCAAGAACGUAAUCCAAGACCUCUUCCAGAUCCUCGUCCAAGUGUCAAACUACGACUCAGGCGGCCGUUCAUCCCGCGAGCCUCUCGCGCAAGAUAUCCUCGCCCUCUCGCAAUCACUCUACCAGGUGCACCAAGCCGCGACCCUCCUCCCGCCGCAGUCCAACAAGGGCAUCCCCGAGCCGCUGAUCAGCUAUGUCGAGAACGGGCGCAACCCGGACAUCUACACGCGCGAGUUCGUCGAGCUGGUGCGGCGCAUGAACCAGCUGGCGCGCGGCAAGAUGCACGCCUUCCGCGACUUCCGCGACACCCUGGCGGCUGAGCUGGCGCGGCAGAUGCCCGAACUCUCUGACGAUGUGCGACGCGUGUGUGAAGCCACCGGCGGCGGCGGUGUGGCAGACGACGAGCAGCAGCAGCAGCAGCAGCAGGCUCAGGGUCUGAUGAUGAAUGGGGAUCGUGGUCAGAGUCAGGAAAGGGGAGGACAACAAGGACAGGUUGGAAAUGGGGACGCUAAUGUUGGACGGUAGUAGUGAUUGAAUCAGAGGGCGUGAUUGGGUUUCACCGGCGUUUGGGAGGUUUUUGGGAAGGGCUGGGCUAAACAUUUGAUACCGGAGGCAUAGCUGGCAUUUUGGGCGUUGGGUCUGGUCCGGAACGUGCCACCCUGAUACUGAAUCAUAUGGAUUGUCCACCAGCGGGUUACUUGCUUGCCUUCCGGAAAUCGAAGGCUGAAGAUGGAAGUGGACUAUCCCGGAGCGGUGGGCAUUGGCCAUCAAGUUGAGUAGGCCAGGUCAUGCUGAACUCCAGGUGUUGUCGCGCUGCUACGCAAGAGGACUC